UGUUGUUUUCUUGAGUGGUGUCUACAAAUUAAUUUUAUUUUGCCAAAAUGCGCAUCGUCAUCUUAUCAACACUUUUACUUUUACUACAUGUGGCAAAUGGAACAGCAAGUACAACAAAUAGUACUAGCAACAAGUUGCCCAAUAUAAUAAUUAUAAUGGCAGAUGAUAUGGGCUUUGAUGAUGUAAGCUUUCGUGGUGGACGCGAGAUCUUGACACCAAACAUUGAUGCAUUGGCCUUUCAUGGACGCCUGCUGGACCGACUCUAUGCACCUGCUAUGUGUACACCCUCCCGUAGCUCGCUACUGAGCGGCAAAUACCCCAUACACACAGGCACCCAGCACUUUGUAAUUAGCAAUGAGGAACCCUGGGGACUGCCGCUGAAUGUCACGCUUAUGCCGAAAAUAUUUAGAGAUGCCGGCUACUCUACCAAUUUAAUAGGGAAAUGGCAUUUGGGCUUCGCACGGUCGGAGUACACGCCUACGCAACGUGGUUUUGACUAUCACUAUGGCUAUUGGGGUGGAUUCAUUGACUAUUAUCAGCGGCGCUCAAAAAUGCCAAAGAAUUACAGCAUGGGCUAUGAUUUCCGACGCAACCUAGAGUUAGAGUGUGCAGAGCGUGGCGUUUAUAUGACCGAUUUGCUGACCAAUGAGGCGGAGCGUGUGAUUAACGAAAAGUCGGAGAAGCAACAGCCACUGUUCUUGGUACUCAGUCACUUGGCGCCGCACACUGCCAAUGCGGAUGAGCCGCUGCAAGCGUUAGAAGAGGAAUUGGGCAAGUUCCAACACAUUAAGAAUCCAAAUCGACGAAAAUAUGCAGCAAUGGUUUCCCGGCUGGAUCACAGCGUGGGACGCAUCAUUAGCGCAUUGGCCAAGGCUGAGCAGCUAGAAAAUAGCAUUGUGAUUUUCUACUCGGACAAUGGUGCUCCUUCAGCGGGCAUGUUUGCCAACAGCGGCUCCAACUGGCCUCUGCGUGGCCAAAAGAAUUCGCCUUGGGAAGGCGGGGUGCGUGUAGCCGGCGCAAUUUGGAGUCCGUUGCUGCAGGCACGUGGCCAGCUGUUUACACAGCCUUUUUACGUGGGAGACUUUUUGCCUACAUUGGCACAUGCAGCAGGCAUAGAGCUUUCGGAAUCUUUGCAACUGGAUGGCAUUAACUUGUGGCCACAGCUGGCGGGGGCCAAGGAUGCCCCCCAUGUGCCACGUGAGAUCCUGCAUAGUCUGGAUGACAUUUGGAGCGUUAGUUCUUUAUCGUUAGGCCAAUGGAAAUAUGUUAACGGCACCACAUCGGCGGGUCAGUACGAUCAGGUGCUCACUUAUCGCGAGCUUGAUGAAGUUGAUCCCCGCCAUCGUCGCUAUACCGUCGAGCUACGUAACUCACCCGUCUCUAAAGCCCUAGCACACUACGAUCUUCAACGUUUGACACAGGCAAGAAUACAGACACAGUUAAAAUCAGCUACGGUGCGCUGUGGAGACAUGCAGCGUGGUUGCAAUGCUCUUAUAGAGGAGUGCCUCUUUGACAUCAGCGUAGAUCCAUGUGAAAGCAACAAUUUAGUUUAUUCGUCGCGGCACUCGGAGAUUUUACUUGCUCUGCGACAGCGCGUACAGCAGUUGAGGAAAAGCGCCUGGACUCCUGCCAAUCAACCAAGUGCCCCUUAUUCAGAUCCCAGCCUGCAUCAGUGCGCUUGGGAGACCUUCGAUGUGAUAAAGCAGGAGUCAGUGCCGCUCGUAUGCGAUUAUAAUGGAAACCCCUGCGAAUCUAUUUGGGGCGGUCAAUUUUAAAUGCGAUUACAAUAGCAAAACAACUUCGAUUACUCGAUAAUUUGGCCGCCUAUAAUGCUGCUCUAAUU